CAUGUUUAUACCGUAGGUGGUUUAGUGCGGGUAUACGUGUUAUCCAUUAUUUUCAAAUAGUAACGUUUAAUUAUUUAUUUACACGAUACACCGUGGUGCGAAGUGUCCUAAGUGUGAAGUCUCCUUUACAUUAUAAUUGUGGACGAAUUGUUUUUAUCAGGGAGUACAUGAAAUAAUCUGGUAGACGCGAACAAUUUUAUGACUUAUGGACCUUCGUUUCUCGGGAUUCUUUUGCUACCUCAUAAAUUGUUUACAAGUUGUUCAAGCUGCUUUGAGAGUAAAGAGUGCCCUAAGAACGUGCUAUUCACGCUAGGAGUACAAUUUCCUUUUCAGGAAUCGUCCACGUACAUUGGAUGGAUGUGAUGCAUCUUUAGCACAAGCAUUUUGCGCGUUUUAUAACCUGACAACACGUCCGAAGUUUCUCUAUCUCUAUCAUGUCAUUGCAUCUUUGACAAAAUAUUAAGCGAUCUGGAAUAAAGUAAACAAAUUCCAAAAUGUGGUCAUCACAAGGAAACAACUCCAACUCAAAUGCUUCAAAAGAAGAAAAGAAUCUACGUACAUUGGGUAUGACAUCUGCUAUAAGUGUAGCAGAACCAAAACCCAGUGACCUUACUAGGACAAAUGAAUUAAAGGAAGCAUUAAAGCCAUACAAUGUAUUUGAAUCAGAAGAAGAACUAAAUCAUAGAAUGGAAAUUUUAAGCAAAUUGAAUGCAUUGGUGAAGCAGUGGAUAAAGGACACAAGUAUUGCCAGAAAUAUGCCACCUAAUGUUGCUGAACAAGUUGGCGGUAAAAUAUAUACUUUCGGUUCAUAUAGGUUAGGGGUACACCACAAAGGUGCUGAUAUAGAUGCCCUAUGUGUUGUACCCCGUCACAUCUAUAGGUCGGAUUACUUUACAUCCUUCUUUGAAUUACUGAAAAUGCAAGAAGAAGUGACUGACUUGAGGGCAGUGGAAGAAGCAUUUGUACCAGUAAUCAAAAUGAACUUUGAUGGUAUUGAGAUUGACAUGCUGUUUGCAAAACUAGCUCUUAAAGAAAUCCCUGAUUCAAUGGAUCUAAGGGAUGAUAUGCUUCUGAAAAAUCUCGAUCAGAAAUGUGUGAGAAGUCUUAAUGGGUGCAGAGUAACUGAUGAAAUAUUACGUUUAGUACCUAAUAUAGAAAAUUUUAGGCUGGCUUUAAGAGCUAUUAAAUUGUGGGCAAAGAGACACGGUAUAUAUAGUAAUGUGCUAGGAUAUCUAGGAGGUGUAUCUUGGGCAAUGUUGGUUGCAAGAACGUGUCAACUUUAUCCUAAUGCCGUUGCGGCGACGUUAAUAGAAAAAUUUUUCCUUGUAUUUUCUCAGUGGAAAUGGCCACAGCCAGUACUUUUAAAGCAGCCUGACAAUGUUAAUUUAGGUUUUCCAGUUUGGGAUCCAAGAGUUAAUAUAUCGGAUAGGUAUCACUUGAUGCCAAUAAUUACGCCGGCAUAUCCUCAACAAAAUUCGACGUUUAACGUAUCGGUUUCGACGAGAACAAUCAUGCAGGAAGCAUUCGAAACCGGACUGUCGAUAACGGAAGAAAUUAUCAUGGGGAAAGCAACGUGGGACAAGUUGUUUGAACCACCAAAUUUCUUUGGCAAAUACAAACACUAUAUUGUACUAUUGGCAAGAAGUUUAUCUCCAGAGGAUCAACUCGAAUGGUGUGGGCUUGUCGAAUCAAAAAUACGGCAUUUGAUAGGUACCCUGGAAAGGAAUCCUCACAUCACAUUGGCACACGUAAACCCAGAGGCAUUUCCACCGUUAGAACCAGAACCGGAGGGUCAUUGUUCCAUGUGGUUUAUCGGCUUACUGUUUGCCAAAAGCGAGAACUUGAACGUCGAUCUAACGUACGAUAUCAAAUCGUUUGUAGAUUCAAUUCAAAGGCAAGCGGAACAAUUGAGCGUCCUGAAGGAGGGUAUGUGGAUAGAGGCAAAACACGUGAAGAGAAAGGAUCUACACACUUAUGUUUCUCCUAGUCUGCUCAGGCGAGAAAGAAAGGUUUCUGGCAGUGUACAUAAAAACGGAAAUAUUGCUGGGAAUGGUAACAAUGGUAGCGUGUCACCACGGAACCAAGGAGAGCCGGUGAACCGGAAGAGAUUAUCAGACCAGACUACGGAUUCGUGUGGAAAGAAGCGAAGAGUUAACGACAAUGAACAGCAAGUGACACAGGGAGAAGAUGGGUCUUUGGUGGUUCAAUCUUGCGGAGAAGAUAGCAAUUCCGGAUUUAGUCUGGAUGAAUACAAGCAAACAUUGACAGCUGCUAAGGAUGUAAGACAUUGUACAUAUAAUGAACAAUAAUCAGCAUAGAGCAGGAUUAGGAGGGGCCUACUGGUGCAUCAACAGUAGCACAGGAAGGGUACGUUUGCACUUGACCACUGCAGAAUUACUACCUCACGUCGAUUCACAGAUGCUCCUCUGGGUCAUCUAGACUGUAAAUCAGUUCUCAUGCAACCAUCCACUGCCCACUGUAAGUCCCCCGUUUCGUAAAAACAAAGCAACGUGAUGCGUUUAAGGAAGCUACCCGUUGGAGUCAAUCGAUGCACGACUGUAUGACAGACGCUCUGAUUUUAAUCUUUAUAAACAACAUCAACAGUCAAUGGGAACAAUUAUACCCGCGAACGAAUGAUUGUGCCAGUGUCUGUGAUGUCACAUUUUUUUUAUCGCGAACCAUGUGACAAUUUGAGAAUUAAAAUACGAGAACUUGAAAGCAUCACUAUCUGUAAAGUUCGAUAAU